AUAUUCAUCUUUAGCAUCCUAACAUUUUCCCACGAUAUAAAAACUAGCAUUAGCGUGCAAAUCAAACUGAACCAAUCAGCACACAAAAACAUUUCAACGAAAAUCAGCUGUUCUUACAUGGAACUGUGAAAGUGGCUGUCUGUUUGGGAGCAUCCUGCAAAAAGUGAUUACAUGCAAUUUUCAACGGCGUAAUAGUUAUCUUACAACAUAAUUUAAAACUUGGUUGAUUUGCGGUUGCUUCAAAUAAGUGAUUACCGAACUAAUUGUAAAACAAUGCGAAUAAAAUUUUCUUUCUAAUCAGAAGAUGGGAGUGACUGGUUGUGGGUGUUAUUACGAUUAUUUACAAAGAACAGGAAUAUUAUUUGUUUUUGAAUUGAAAAUGUCUUAUUGCUAGUAUGGAUACAAAUAAAAUGAGUCCAAUAAAAAAUAUGCCAGAUUGUGAGGAACCCUACCCCAGUUUAUCAGAUUAUCAUGACUACGAACCGAAUUUGGAAUUUGAUGAUACAGAGUUACACCAAUCUCCUGAUGCUCUUGCCAGUGCUGUGGACCUAAUUAAUGAAAUUGAAACUAAUGGAGUAGGGUCUCCUGUGUCUGAUUUUACUGAUGAGAAUUUUGAAGAAGAAUUAGCAGAAGCAUGUGAAGAAUGCUUUGACAGUCUUCUUUAUACGUCAUAUCCUGAAGUUGACUCCUCCGAUAAAUUUAUGGACAUUGCAAGGUACAAUAUCGUCGAUGUAAAAGGCGAUGAUGCUUUAGGCAGAAAAGUAAUAGUUGUAUAUGCCUGCAAAUUACCACCUGUUAAAGAAAUUGAUCAUGGAAGAUUUUUAAGGUACUUAACAGACACUUUAGAUAAGUAUGUGGAGCAAGAUUAUAGUUUAGUGUACUUUCAUUAUGGCCUUUCAAGCAAAAAUAAGCCUCCACUCAAGUGGCUUUGGCAAGCUUANUCCCACGUAUCCAAAUAA